CAGGAGAACGAAUGCUCACACUCUACGGACCUUCCCGCAGGAGGAGGGACUGUAACUCUAAUAUGGAGACAUUCAUUCCGGCCGGCAGGCCAUACAUUACAAAGGUCAAUGGUCGACUUGUCAUGGCACGAGGGAAGAGCGACAAAACUAUCAAGGCUAUUGCCCUUGCUGGAACUAGAGAGGUGACCAAGCCUAGAGAGGCUGCCAUUGACUUCUUGGGGGAGGCCUUCGGAGUCAGAAGUAGGGUUGUACACAGACGAGCCCAGUCACUGGAAAGACCAGUACUGAACCCCUUGAUGAUCACUGGCUUGCCAUAUACUCCCCAGCAGUACCUCACAUACUCGACUCCUCUUUCUCAACAUGUCUUCUCAAUGACGCCGAGUUUCAUACAAACGCCACAGAUCCAGCAACCAAUCCAACAACCAGCCCAAUAUACGGCGGCACAACCCCAGCCAACCAGAGUGGAUUUUGAUCAGCUCAGGCUUAUUGAUGCUCACUAUAAAUCGAUAAGUGGUGAUAACGCCCCCAAGGAAUCCUCAACCACCGUGAACAAUAACCGCAAGGACGAAGGAUUGAGUUCGAAGACCACGGUCCCAAUCACAAAACAUAUCUGUGCAAACUGCAGAGAAUUACGAUCCAAGAGAUAUCAUGCUGAACAUCCUAUCAAACCAGGAGAUACCCCAACUCCAGAAUUCUGUGCGAAAUGUAGGAGAGACGCUAGCUCAACAGGCAGCUCGAGCAGCUCGAGCAGUGGAGGUCGAGGCAAGCAUAGGAGCAAGAACAAGAAGAAGGCAAAUAGAAAGAAACAUCACAAGAAGUCGAGCAAAAGUUUGAGUGAGGAUGAAUCGUCAGAAUCACAAACAUCCAAGACGCAGCAAAAGGUUCGACCUAAAAAGAAGAAGAUAGAGGUUGAGCCAAUACCGCAGGAUGAUAUCAUUGUGGAAGAGGAACAUUCAGAAGAACGACGUCCUCUCCACAAGAACAAGAACAAGAAGACCAAAAGUUACCUGGAAGAAGAUACAAUCAUCGUCGAGGAAGAACAUUCUGAAGAAGAGAGUGCACCCAGAGGAAGGACCCGUCUGCGAAUAGACGAAUCCGAAAUCUCAAGACGACCUCUGUCGCCAUUAGUUGGUCACUCUAUCAUUGGAAGAUCUCGAUCAAGAGGUCGACAGGAGCGUGACAGCAUACCAGAGAGCAUACGACAUAGACAGGUGCCCAAAGGAACCCAUGGAUCUCCUCAUUCCUUCUACCGAUAUGUAUCGGCACCCGAGUCCCGUCUUUACCCCGAGGAGGUGAAUAGGAGUUAUGGCAGACCAAGUCCUGUCCAGCAUAUGGAAGAAGCUAUUCAUGAGCCUGCCCGAUAUUCACAGGGACCUAGAAGACACGAAGGAACAGCUCCCCGUUCAACGAUGGCCAAUAAAGAGAACAGCUUUGAAUCAAGCUCAUCUCGUUCCCAACGAUCUGCGCAGCGUCGUCGCUAUGAGCGCUUACACCCAAAUGACGGCAUUGUACCUCCUUGGGAAGCUCCACACCCCAUCCACCAGCGAUCCGGAGACAACACGAGUUUCGCCGCUGAGGAAUAUGCAUACAGUCCGGGAAUGCCGUCCAACGUUGAAGGAGGACGCCGAGAGGACGAACACAACGAUGGAGUUGAUUUGAGACCUCGACGCAGAACCGAGAGGUUUCCAGCUGAAGAUUAUGCUCAUUAUGAAGGCGUCUGGGCAGAGGAUAAUAUUUUUCAAGCCAUGGAGGAGCCUAUUCAAAGAGGUCCCAGUCAACAACAAACUACUUACCGUUAUGAUCGGCCACGAGACUCGGAAUUGGGAGAUUUUGAGGCUGGCGCAGGAUAUGCCUGGUCCUACAUGUCACCUUCUGAUCGCCUCCCACGCGUUCCCACGCCCCCAUCAACCCUUCACGACAUUUGGUCAUCACCAUACACUAUCAGCAUCGACGACGACGAAGCAGCCCGUAGAAUGUCCGAAGUACGAAAAGGCAACGCCGUACAAAGAGAUUUCCCACGUCAACCGAGACAAAACCGAAGUAGAAGCAGAUCUAAUAAUCAUCGAUCACCGUUUGUCCGAGAAGCUACGGAUGGCGGAACCGAAAAGGUCUAUGCCCCUUCGAUACACUCAAUGGAAUCAGAUCCAUUCUAUUGCAAUAUCGAUACACUUAUUAAUGGUCUGGAUAAGAUAGAGAAUCUGGUGGAAGCUGAAGCGAAACACGUUUCAUUCCGGAGUAAGGACUCGGUGGAGGAGGUUGCGGAGGCCUGGACUGAGAGUGAGGGCAGAAUGUAA